AUGGAUCCCUCACGUUCCUCUCUCUCAUCAUCAGGAAUCACCACCGAAGAACUACGCUGGUUUCAUUGGAUCGAUAGAGAGAUCUUCACCCGUCUUGUAAUCACCCUGGGAAGAGAUAUCGAAGAGUCAGUGAGAAUUAUAGCCCUGUGGCAGUGGAUGGAGGAAAUGGGAUUCCAAAACAUCAUAAUCAAACUCUUAUCCCUUCCCGAUAUUGUUCUAAACUUUACGGCCAACGAAGCUGUUCGUUUAUUGAACUCUUUAGAGGGCAGAAGAGGCAUCAACGAUACAUCUAAUGCUGAAGAAGAAGUGGCAUUUACUCGGAGGCUCUUAAACUCUACUCUCAUUUCCCUUUCUUAUGUCUUCGAGAACAGAGUCUCCGCCGUCCAAGUCAUCUCAAAGUUUAUAACAGACUUGGCAACCCGAGUCUUUGGUGAUAUCAUCCAGAUGGCCAUGAACCGCAGAGCCCAGUUCCUGAACUCUUCUUCCGUAAAUGGUUUUAAUAUCUGGACCAAUUCUACUUCUCCUCAUCCUGGGUCCAGUUUUGAUUCCUCUAUCGAUAUUGGGCUUAGGCUUGCUGGGCUUCAGAUUGGAGUAGAAAAUAGAACUGUUUCUCAGCAACCUGAUGUUAGAGGGAAGCAAAUCACGAUGGGCCCAGGUCCUUCUGGAUCUGAACCUCAAAUUCCUGCCCUACCAAGGCCCUUCUUCAACAAUUCCCAAUAUUUCGUCGGGGGUCCAUCCUCAACCUCCUCAGCUCCUCAGCCUCACAACCCUCUUCCGGUGGUUGCUUCCGAUGAUGCUACCGGAGUUCCGCCGGAUGACCGGACUAUCUUUGUCACAUUUUCUCGCGGUUAUCCGAUUCUCAAAAGAGAACUCCAGACAUUUUUUACAAUGAUCUAUGGGGACUGUAUUGAGAGUAUACACAUGCAAGAUGUGGUAUAUGGGCAACCGAUGUUCGCUCGGGUUGUCCUUAGAACUGUUGCGGUUUUGGAUCUGAUACUGGAAGAAGCUGAUGAGGAGGGUAAAGCCAAGUUUGUGAUCAACGGCAAACAUGCGUGGGUCAGGAAGUACAUUCCUAAGAACAUCAACAACCGUUGA